AUUUUACUGUCACCAUAUUAUUUGGAAGGAAGGGUACGUAGAUAGGUCCCUAUGCCCUAUUGGUGUUUGGUGUGACGAUAAUACCAAGGCUUUGCUUGAGUGGGUUGAAGAGGAAGGGGGGUUUGAGUCGAAUACAAUCCCCAUGUUAGAAUUGCAAGAAGGGGUCGAUCAAUUGAAGUUACCCGCCACGAUAUCGUCUUUGUGUGUAAUUGUUGAAUCUUUGGAGAAGAAAUUGUUUGCUAAGGAGAAUGAAAUGGAUAAAUUUAAAGAGGAGAUGAAGAUUGAACUGGAAAUGGGAUUGCAACGCUUACAACAAAGUUUGAGUACUCCAAAUCAUCACGUCAUUCAAAUUGACAAUUUUAAAGAGGAGAUGAAAUUGUAUUUUGACAAAGGAUUUGAACGAUUACAUCAAAGUUUCAAUAUUGCGAUAGGUUCAAUGGUUCCCGGGAAUGCUUCCCCCCAUAUUAGCAAGGAAAAGGCUGCUAAGUGUGUGCAGUUUGGGAAGUUGACUAAAGACCUAAUCGAGCCAACCAUUUACUUGCAUGAGAAAACAAAGUUGAGCCAGCAUAAGAUGACAAUUGACCCAAUGCUUUUGGAGUGUGGCAUAGGUCGUCGAAAUGAGUUUGAAGAUUCUUAUAGAAAGGGUUCAAUUUCUAAUAUCGAGAGGGAAAAAGGGGCAAUAGAAAAUGAUUUCAAUGAUUAUGAACAAACUGUUUUACCCUCAGACAAGUACAAUGUUGAUGUUGGGCCUUACAAUGCUAUCCAGAACGUUGAUGGUGUACUAUCAUGUUCAGGGAAUGAGAAGAUAGAUGUUGAGAAUGAGAUUGGUUUGGAAGAUGAUGCUUCUAAAUUUCGCGUGGAAGGGAAGGAGAAGGAGAAGGAGGACUUGGGUAUUUUGAGUUUUGAAGUUAUACCAGAACGAAGCCAGUGUGUAUGGUACCACAGACACUCCUGUUAUUCACGAAAUAGAGGAUGAUGACAACGUGAAGAUCGAUCCUACUAUUUUAAGGAGAGACAAAGAGCUUUGCAAAAUGGACAAAUCAUUUCAGGAUAUGAUUCUUAAGUAUAACAAAAGCAAAGGCAGGCAGAUUGGUGCAUUCAAUUUGAAAGUAGUCCUACCACAGUCCAAGUUCGAACUUGGACUUUUCCUAUUUGACUUUAGUUUGUCGUUGCGAGACGUGUUGGUCGAUAAUGUAAUGGGACAGUUGGAGCGGUGGUACUUCAGAAGCCUUAGACCUGAAGCUGAGGUGGACAUGAAGAUUAUUGAUGCUUUUGGGUGUGUAUUAAGAUAUAGAGACAACCCUGAUGGUGUAAUAGAUGACGAUGCUCAAACUUUGAUUUUCCCAACCUAUUGGCCCGGCCUGAUCCUAGUGCCAAUGAAGGAUGUCGAAAACAAUCAUUGGAUACUAGCCGUUAUACAUUGCCAAAAAGGUUGUGCAAGCGUGUGGGACUCAGUGUCUGGUCGAUAUAGGACACGGGUCAGGACACAUAUACUAAGCGAACUGUUAAAGAAGCUUGACGUGUUGCUUCAUACGACCAUGGGUAGUGCUCGUGUUGGUGGUCCCAUUUUUUCCCUUUUUAGUGUAGUGCCCUCUGGUCAAGUACCUCAGCAAGAAAAUGGUCAUGACUGUGGUGUUUUUGUCAUGAAGUUUAUGGAGUGGAUUGUGGAUGGGGAAUCACCCCCGAAGUCCUAUAAAGUUGAGGAUGCUGCUAGACUCGACAUUGCAAUCGAUAUCUUGACCUGUGAGUCCAAUAGGCUUUGAUUGGGAGUGAAAGAUAACGCAUCGACUUAUUAUAAAGCUUGUUUAAGUAGCGUUGAGAAAUCCCCUGACUUAAAAGAACGAUCUUGUUAUCCUCCAAAAGCUUCAGCUGUACCUCCCAUGCUAUCAACAAAAAAGGCUAGAGACAAACACUGGUCCAAGUUGGGUAAGAGAAAGAGGAAGAACUGAUUGAACUUAACCACCAUCCGCUUGCCUAGUACAAUUUUGGCACUACUUUCAUUUACCAUUAAAUUAACUAUAUUUCGUAGGUGCAACCAUCAAAUUUAAAACUUUAUUACUUUAGUAUUUGUUUACAAACAAUUUACUCUUUCAUGCACAUAUUUUUCCUUCACAAAUCUGGGAGGGAUAAUGAGCAUAAAGCAGAAUGUCACAAUAUUUGAAUUGAGGUCAUCAACAAAAACUAACAAUAUAGGUGACCUCCUUUGACUCCUACAAUGCCUAUAGUUGAAGA